AUGGAUAUUACUAGGGGGAGCUUGGAUAAAAUUUCAAGGCCUGCGUCGAGCUCAAGAGCUUAUCCUCCUUGUAGAUCUUUAAAUACAUCUAUGGAGUUAUUGACACCAGACCCACGUUUGCCAAAGGUUGAUUCACCUGUCAGUUCGGCUGGUGGUCAUCAUAGAGGCAAUCUAGAAGACUGCUGUCCAGAAGAAAACAAAGGUGAUGAGAGAGAGAAAUCGGAUGUCAAGGAAGUAAGAACAGAUCAGCAAACCACAGUAGAAAGUACGAUCUUUGUUCUUCAGAAGUGUAUACUGAAUCCCAGCGAGUUGUCAGGAUGUAUGUCUAAUUCAGAUUCUGGAGAUGAUAGCACUGAAACACAGACUUUGAGAUUCUGUGAACCUUCACAAGGAAAACAAAGCAAUCCAAAAGCAGGUAUUAAUUUUCAGGUGUAUAAAGUGAACAGUGCAAUAAACCCAGCAAACUCUUCCAGCUUGGAAUAUUCUGAAGAAACAGAUGUAGAUCCUCAGAUUCAAGCAGCUAUAAAGAAAAUGAAUAAACUUGACAUGAUACUGGCAAAAAAACGUUUUAAAGAGAGAGCAAUUAAAAAACAAGGCAAAGAAAUGAGGGCAAAGCUCUGGGAAGAACUUCAGUCUAUCAGAACCUCUGGAAGCCGUGAGGAGAUGGAAAACACAAAACUUUUUUUAGCUUUGAUCUCAUCAUGGCAGUUUACAGCUGAUCCCUCCCAUGCUAAAGAAGAUGAAUUCUGUACUUCAGUAUUUCACACACAAAUUAAUCCAGAUGAUUAUGAUUGCCAUGAAACCCAACAUAACCAGGAUUACCCAAGUGAAUUAGAAACAACUGAAUUUCUUAACCAAGCAGAAAAAACGCAUAGCAAAACUAAAAACAAUCAGGAUUUCAUUAAAAAAAACAUUGAGCUAGCAAAGAAUUCAGGAAACCAGAUUGUUAUGCUUGAGGGGGAAAGAAAAAGGCUAAUUGAACUAUUGAAAGAUACAGAAGAUGGAAUUGAAUUGCAAGGUCUUGAGCAAGAGGAUGUAUCUGGCUGGCUAACGCCAGGAGAAGGGUACACACCUGAACCAAUGGAAUUUCAUCACCUCAAUGAGAUAGAUCUUAAGCUUCAAGUGCUACUAUCUGAUGGGGAUUUUUCUGCGAUUUCUAGCUCUUGCUCAAAACCUCCAAGCCAGAUUUAUCAGGAGUCUCUGGUUUAUGCAAACAGAAGCCUAGAAGCACUUCCAGGUGAAAAGGUUCUGCAAGACAACAAGGAACAACGUGAUCAACAAAAUCGUCUGAAAGAAAUAGAUCAUCAGCUGAAAUCCCUAGAGAGAAAUCUUACUGAAGAACAAAUGGGCCUCUCUGAAGAGCAGCUUAAGACCCUUCUGGAAGAAUGUAUGCAGCCUCAGAGAACAAUAAGCAACGUUUCCAUGCCAAAGUCUCAGGAAUCUCUUUCUUGUGGAUUAAGUCCCCCUUGUUACACAAGUCAAGACUCCGCUCUUCACUCCGCAUCUACUCUUUCCAAAAUGUUAGUUGAAGACCAUAUUGUAGGGAUGUUAAGGGCUCAGGAAAAGGCUGGACUCGAAGACAAAAGCUUAAGUGUUAAUGCAGAGAGUGAAAUCCCUGGUUACUAUAUCAGCAAAGCAUUGGCUGAUAGUCACUUAUCAAAGGAUUCACUGGCCCAAACAGAGGAACCUGAUGACCUAGAAGGUUUACAGAAGAUGGGAGAUAAGAGUAUUACUGAAGGUUACUUUAUGUCAAGAGCACUCAACACAAAAAGGUUGAAGAAACCUUCUUUCUUGGGUGAACCAUUAUAUUGCAUCAGCGUGAACAAUGAGCCAUCCACAGAGGCUGACAUUCUCAGCAUACCACUGCAAACCAAAGGAGGUGAGACUCUUAACAACCCUUUAGAAUAG